CCGCUUUAAGACAGUUUAAAUAGUCAUAUCUUUCACACUUAUAUGUGAGUAACGAACUCGAAUAAAACUUUGGCUGAAAACCGAUCAUUAUCACUUCAAAACUCCUACUUGGCACUCGAUAUGUGGAAAUUGAUCACGAUACUGCUCACAAUUUUAGGAGCCGUUAAAGUUGCCAUAACGUGUGACAGUUUAGAACAAUGUUUUGAAGAUCUCAAUGAAAGUUUUGAAGCACUUGAUGUCGCUUUGCCUACUGAAAAUGAUUUGAAACGAAUGUGUCCAUUAGCUCGUAAAAGUUUCAGCUGUUUCCACGGAAAAAUAGAGCUGUGUACUGGAAUGACAACAGCAGAGAGAGCCUUGUUAAAACACAAUGAAAUCGCUUCAAACGCUGCUCAAACACUUCUGAACAUGGAGAAUAUGGCCAACGAUUUGUGCGACAACAAAAGCAUCUUGCAUAAAAGUUAUGUUCAAUCUGUCACAUGUGCCAAUGAAUAUUUUGCAACUCAAGAAGAAAACUUCAGAAGGAAAGGAUCAUCUGCACAUGAAGCAUACAAAGAACUCCAAAACACCCUACCAGAGGAAAGUGACAAUGGAAUAUCUAUAAAAGAAGAAUGUUUGAUCCAAGCCUUUUCUUUAAUGUGCUUAUCAGAGGAUCUUCAGAAAGUAUGUGGUAAAGUUGCUCAAGAAACAUUUAUAGAAAUUGUCCAAAGAUCUAAGUAUUUACGAUAUUAUUUUUGUUCUGAAAGUGAUAUACAAGAACUAAAUCUUAAACUCCAUCAAAUUUCAAAACUCAUGAAGCAUGACAAAUUACUGUCUCUGUGGUAUUUGAUUUGAGAAUGAAGAACUAGUCUUAGAUAUUCUAAGAUAAAAACUUUUAAAGGAAUUGUGUGUACAUGAUGCAUAUACUAAUGCAAUACCAUAAAUUAUCUUUAAUUUAAUGUAGAAAAUAUUGAGUAUAUUGGUAAACUGCUUUUAUAUUAAUGUU